CGCCACCAAAUAUAGCCUGGAGCAGAAGGGCCCCUUCCAGCCGCACAUGUGCGGCGGGGCCGGCGGCAGGGGCAGCCAGCGCCGGGCCCGCGGGCUGUAAAUACCGACCCCCGCCCCCCGGCCGGGCAGCCCGGCUGAGAGAGGGGCCAGGCGGGGCAGUCUCCUCGGCGGCCGCUGCUGUAGCACAAAGACGGAACUCGGCUCCCCGCCACCCCCAGAGCCGCUUCCCAGCCCGGGGCCACCGGCCAGGAGGGGGCUGCCCAGGGCGGCUCUAGCCGGGGCGGAGCGGGGUAGCUUCGGCUCGCUGGCUCCUGGGCGUCGCUUCUUCCCGGGGGGCGGAGUGGGGUGUGUGUGUGUGUGUGGGGGGGGGGACUUGCCAAGCGGGGCUGCAGCGGCCGCUGUUCCCCGAGUGCCAAAUGUGCCUCAGCAGCCGGCGAGUGGGGUGAGGGGCGGGGGGCGCUGCGGAUCCCCACCCCAGUGGCGCAAGGGCUGGUGCACAGCAGAUGCGGGCAGAGCGGAGAGGCGGCAGCUGCGCUCCCGCGAGUGCCCCCCGCGCCUUGCCGCCGCCGGAGAUGGAGGGCGCGGAGCUGGAUGCUGGCCGCGGCCCCUCUCCCCAGCGCUGCCUCUCCUGCGGCUCCCAGGCGGGCGCCGGCAAGGGAGCCGCGGCCUUGGAGGAGCCCGCGGAAGAGGCUCCAUCCUCCGAGGUGACAGCGGCGCCGGAGCUGAGGAAACAGCAAGGAGUGAAGAGGCAUCAUCACAAGCACAACCUGAAGCACCGCUACGAGCUGCAGGAGACCCUGGGCAAGGGCACCUAUGGCAAAGUCAAGAGGGCCAUCGAGAGGUUUUCUGGCAGAGUGGUUGCAAUAAAAUCCAUUCGUAAGGACAAAAUUAAGGAUGAACAAGAUAUGGUUCACAUCAGACGGGAGAUUGAAAUCAUGUCAUCCCUCAGCCAUCCUCAUAUCAUCACUAUAUUUGAAGUGUUUGAAAAUAAAGAUAAGAUUGUGAUAAUCAUGGAGUAUGCAAGCAAAGAGCUGUAUGAUUACAUCAGCGAGAGGCGGAGGCUGAGCGAGAGGGAGACGAGACACUUCUUCCGGCAGAUUGUCUCUGCUGUACAUUACUGUCACAAGAAUGGUGUUGUCCAUAGGGAUUUAAAACUGGAAAACAUCCUUCUUGACGACAAUUUUAACAUUAAGAUUGCAGACUUUGGUCUUUCCAACCUCUAUCACAAAGAUAAGUUCUGCAGACCUUUUGUGAGCCCAUUGUAUGCUUCCCCAGAAAUUGUUAAUGGAAGACCCUAUCGAGGCCCAGAGGUUGAUAGCUGGGCCCUUGGUGUAUUGCUUUACACUCUGGUUUAUGGAACGAUGCCCUUUGAUGGCUUUGAUCACAAAAAUCUGAUCAGGCAGAUCAGCAGCGGAGAAUAUCGUGAGCCAACACAGCCCUCAGAUGCUCGUGGUCUAAUCAGGUGGAUGCUGAUGGUGAAUCCUGAGCGCCGAGCAACUGUCGAAGACAUUGCCAAUCACUGGUGGGUUAAUUGGGGCUACAAGAGCAGCGUUUGUGACUGUGAUGCCUUGAGAGACUCAGAGUCCCCACUGCUGGCUAGGUUUAUUGUGCAUCACCGUUCGACAGGUCUCCAGCCAGAGACUGACCAAAUGAAGUGCCUUUCCAAACCCAAAGGUUCAGAAGUUACACUGGAGCGACAGAGGUCCCUGAAAAAAUCAAAGAAGGAAAAUGACAUUGUGCAAUCGAUCCAGGAAGGAGGGGCUGAGAAUGCAUCCAAACCAACCUCCAAGAGGCCCAAAGGCAUCUUGAAGAAAAGGAGCAACAGUGAGCAUCGGUCUCACAGUGCAGGAUUCAUCGAAGGAGUGGUCAACCCAGCCUUACCCUCCGCUUUUAAGAUAGAGCAAGAACUGUGUAGGACUGGUGUAGUCAUUAAGAGUGCCAUGGAGGGAGAGAUAGCAAGCAAAUAUGGCACUAAAGCAUCUUCCCUCAUGCCAAAAAAAGGAAUCUUAAAGAAGACUCAGCAGAGAGAGUCUGGCUACUACUCUUCCCCAGAGCGAAGUGAAUCUUCUGAAUUGUUGGACAAUAAGGAUGAGACAGGAAACAGUGACACUUCCCCAGGCAUCAAUGAAACAUCAAGAAUUGGGUCUCAUAGCCAUUCCUAUAGACGUAAGGGCAUCCUAAAACACAACAGCAAGUAUUCCACCAGCAGCACUGACUCUGCUUUGGUCAGUCCUGAAACACCAAUGGUGGAAGCCAUGGAAGAAGGGGUCCUGCCUGGGGAUAGAUUAUCUCGAAGUUACAGUCGCCCUUCUAGUGUGAUUAGUGAUGACAGUAUUUUGUCCAGUGACUCCUUUGACUUGCUAGAUUUGCAAGAGAGCAGGCCAAACAGGCAAAGGAUAAGGAGCUGUGUCUCUGCUGAAAACUUCCUCCAGAUCCAAGAUUUUGAAGGACUCCAGAACCGCCCACGCCCACAGCAUUUGAAACGUUAUCGAAAUCGCCUGGGGGACAGUAGUUUUUCCCUUCUCACAGACAUGGAUGAUGUGACUCAGGUCUACAAGAAAGCUCUGGAGAUCUGCAACAAGCUCAACUAGCACAGUGAGAGGGUGGGAAGGGAAGGGAGUUGUCAUGUGUACCUUUAUGAUGGAGUUAGCCUGUUACCAAUUUGCUGACAGUGGUAGGAUCAUCAAAAUGGGUUGAAUGCGCAUUCUCAGCUGAAAAUCGUGAGAUAUGUAAAAACCUCAAAGUCUUCUCUUGAGCAUUAUGCAAACUCUUUUAGUUUGCUUUAUUGAAGUAUUACCUAGUUGCCCAAAGAAAAUAUUCAUAUGAGAUGCAAACAUACCAUGCCUAGCACAGUGGGGUCCUGGUCCAUGAUUAGGAUUUCUAUGUGCUGCGAUCGUACAAAGAAAUAAAUACCACCACCACCACCAGGAUCUGGCAGACAAAGGCAUAACAUAGACAAAUUCAAAUUGGAAAUAAGGCAGGUAUUUUUAAUAGUGAGGGUAGUUAACUAGUAGAGCAACUUUACCAAGGGAGGUGGUGGAUUCUUCAUCACUUAAAUCUUUCUCAAUAUUGGAUGUCUUUCUAAAAAAUAUACUCUAGUUCAUCCUGAAGUUAUUUGAUUUGAUGCAGGAAUUAUGGGGUGAAAUAUCUAUGGCCUGUGUUAUUCUGGAGGCCAGAGUAGAUGUCACAGUGGUCCCUUCUGACUUCAAAAAUCUCUGAAUGUGCUAUAGGAAGGGUAGUUUU